AUGGCCCGUCCCUCCCGUUCAUCACGGGUUGCUCCUGCCUCCGCAAAGCAGGCCGGCACUGCUGUUGCCCCGUCCAACAGAAGCAUCGACACCUUCGGCCGCGUCUCCAAGCGGGUUGCUCCUUCCUCGCUCAUCAAGGCUCCUGCCGCCACACCGACAGUGACGAUCCCUGCCCGUCGCCAGGCUGCUGUUGAACAGUUCCUCGCCGACAAGGCCAUCACUGUUGAACUGCCGUCAGCAGCAGAGGCCGCGGCCCAGCCAAGAACCAAGACACCCAAGACAGCAAAGAAGACUGCGCCAGCCUCUUCAUCAGCACCUGUCUCUAGCUCGACCAAGCAGCGGAAGCGCAGGGCCGCCGAGGCUCUUGACUCUGAUUCUUCCUCCUCCACGACCUCGUUCUCCUCUCCAAGUUCUUCUCAGCAACAGCCAUCCGCAGCAAAGCGGGCUCGCCGUACCACUAAGGCGACGACAUGUGUCGCAGAUCUCUUGACCCGGACCGCCCAGAAGAAGGCGGAUAUAGUGCUCCCGUCUGUGGAUAGCGAUAGUGACUCGGCAUCGACACCGGCGUCCUCGCUCGAUAGCGGCAGCCUGAUUGCCUGUCUGAACCGCAACUUUAGCUCUUCUCUCUCGACCUCGUUCCCUCUAUCACCACGCUCCACGUCGUCCUCGCCGCGGCCCAACAGCACCGCUCCCACCACACCAUGCGAGCCCGAAAAUGAGUCGGAAGACGCCGCACGCAAUUGCAAGACAACGGUCCUUCCCCUAGAGCUGCUCGACCUGCUCCGCCUGCAGAAUGCAUUCGCCAAGACACUCGCACUGCACCACGCCCACCACGGCACCAACGCCCCCGUCGAUCUUCGUACCUUUUGCCCGGGUGUGGCCCAGGCCUGGGGCAAGCGGAGCGUUGCGCUCGAAGACGUGCAGCGGUGUCUCGGUGUUGUGUCACUGGCUGCCGCCGCCGACAACAAGGUGGCCGAUGCCCUCUUCCUCGCCGACUAUGGCCGUGGCAAGAUCUGCAUCGAGAUGCAGAACGACAUCGACAUCGGCCCCAUGGGCACACUGGCCGACCGGCUCAAUGCUGUCUUUGAGGCCAACCUGCGUGCUCGCUGGGCCGCGUCUGCCUCUUCCAAGACGGCGACGGACCUCAAGCAGUUCAUCGCUGCCUUGCCCAAGGCGCCCGUCACCGCGUCCAAGUCGGUGCUGCAGACGGCCGUUCUGCGUGCCAAGGGCCAGUGCACGCUCGAGGAGCUGAUGCACGGCAUUGCCCUCAAGAAGCAGGAGAAGGCUGCGCACGAGGCGAUGCUCAAGGCCCCGGUGGCUGCUGCUGUUGUCGAGGCAGAGUCGAUGGAUGUGGACAGCGAUAAGACAGCGACGACGACAUCAGCAAGAGAGGACACCGUCACCGCCGCCACCGCCGCCACCCCCAUGAACCUCCUCGACCGCAUCCGCUUCCGCCAGAUGCAGCGGGCCCAGCUCCAAGCGGCCGGUGCCCUCGCUGCGCCGCCCACCCCGGAGGAACUCGAGCGCCGUGCAGCCCUGCAGCGCGUCGGCGACAUUGCCGAGGUGCUGUCCAUGCUGUGCACGGCCGCAUCGCUGCGUCAGAGCAACCGUGUAUCCUUUGGCAUGACGGCCAUUACCAGCAAGAUCAAGGACUCGCUGCGCAUGCCCAUUGCGCGCGAGGAGGCGGCGUCGUGCGUGCGUCUGCUGGCCAAGGAGGUGGCGCCGCAGUGGCUGUCCAUUGUCAGCAUGGGCGGUCGCGAGAUUGUGAUUAUGCUGGCAGACGUGGUGCCGAGCAAGACGAUGAUUCAGGAGCGCGUGCAGAGCCUGACGCGGUAA